GCACACUUUCUUAUUCUUCCUUUCUGCUUCCCUCUCUCUCUUGCUCUGUCUCUCUUACUGUUUAUGCAAACAGGAUAUCCUAUAUUAGGAUUUUUAAUCAGAGAGAUCCUGCUUAGCCUGCCCUUCUGUAUUCAGUUUUUUCAAUUGUGGUGACUUUGGCUAUUUCUUCUUCAUGGAGGAUUAUCACAAACCCGACCAGCAAACCCUGCAGGCGCUGAAGAACAUAGCCAACCGGCUCAGGAUCAACUCCAUCAAGGCAACGACUGCUGCAGGCAGCGGACACCCGACAUCAUGCUGCAGUGUGGCAGAGAUCAUGUCCACGCUCUUCUUCCACACCAUGAAGUACAGGCCAGAGGACCCCAGGAACCCCAACAAUGACCGCUUUGUCCUCUCCAAGGGCCAUGCAGCUCCAGUGCUGUACGCGGUCUGGGCAGAGACGGGCUACCUGAAGGAGACCGAGCUGCUCAACCUCAGGAGGAUCGACUCCAUACUGGAGGGCCAUCCCGUUCCUAAGCAGCAGUUUGUGGAUGUGGCGACAGGGUCCCUGGGACAGGGCUUGGGGGCUGCUUGUGGAAUGGCCUACACUGGGAAAUAUUUUGACAAGGCCAGCUACCGUGUUUACUGCCUCCUGGGCGAUGGAGAGCUGUCUGAGGGAGCCGUGUGGGAGGCCAUGUCCUUUGCCUCGUACUACCAGCUGGACAACCUGGUGGCCAUCCUGGACAUCAACCGCCUGGGCCAGAGCGACUCUGCCCCACUGCAACACCAUGUGGAGAAAUACCAGAGACGCUGUGAAGCUUUUGGCUGGAAUGCCAUCACUGUAGACGGGCACAAUGUGGAGGAGCUGUGCAAGGUACUGGGCCAGCCCAGACAUCAGCCCACGGCCAUCAUCGCCAAAACCGUCAAAGGGAAGGGAAUCUCAGUGGCUGAGGAUAAGAUGGGCUGGCACGGCAAGCCUCUCACCAGGGACAUGGCCGACACUGUGCUGAAGGAGCUGCACAGUCGCAUCCUGAACAAUAACAAGCGUCUGUACCCGGCCUCGCCCAUGGACGACGCCCCGCCUGUCAGCGUGCGCAACGUCAGGAUGCCCAGCGGGCCCAGCUACAAGCCCGGAGACAAGAUUGCCACAAGGAAGGCAUACGGGUUGGCCCUGGCCAAACUGGGCCGCUACAACGAGAGAGUGGUAGCCCUGGAUGGGGACACCAAGAACUCCACCUUCUCAGAGAUCUUCAAGAAUGAGCACCCUGAUCGCUAUGUGGAGUGCUACAUUUCAGAGCAAAACAUGGUCAGCGUGGCUGUGGGCUGUGCCUCUCGGGACAGGAACAUUGUGUUCGCCAGUACCUUCGCCACCUUCUUCACCCGAGCAUACGACCAGCUGCGCAUGGCCGCCAUCUCCGAGAGCAACAUCAACCUGUGCGGCUCCCACUGCGGGGUGUCCAUCGGAGAGGACGGACCCUCACAGAUGGGCCUGGAAGACAUAGCCAUGUUCAGAGCCAUCCCUACGGCAACCAUUUUCUACCCCAGCGACGGCGUGUCCACUGAGAGAGCGGUGGAGCUGGCUGCCAAUACAAAGGGUAUUUGUUUCAUUAGGACCAGUCGUCCAGAGAAUGCCAUCAUUUACAACAGCAAUGAGGACUUCCAUGUUGGGCAGGCAAAGGUUGUGUACAAGAGCAGCGAUGACCAGGUGACUGUGAUCGGAGCAGGAGUCACUCUUCACGAGGCACUGGCAGCAGCCGAGCAGCUAAAGAAAGAGAGGAUCAACAUCAGAGUUAUCGACCCCUUCACUAUUAAACCACUGGACUCCAAAACCAUCAUCGACCACGCCAAGGCAACCAGGGGAUGCAUCAUCACUGUGGAAGACCACUACUGUGAGGGCGGCCUGGGGGAGGCGGUGUGUUCGGCCGUGGUGGGUGAGCCUGGGUUCACGGUGCGUCGCCUGGCGGUGACCCACAUCCCGCGCAGCGGAAAGCCGGCCGAGCUGCUCAAGAUCUUCGGCAUCGACAAGGACGCCAUCAUGCAGGCGGUCAGGAAGAUGAUCAGCAACUCCGCCAACGCCAAGUAGAAGAGGCGUGGGCCUCCCAGACAGCACUUACAGAACCACCCGCUGUCCCUUUCCAUUCAUAAAAUAGUCAGGGAAACCUCCCAAAAAAUGGUACUUCUGUUAAUUGUGAUUGAUGUGGUUCCAGCAGCCCUGAGUUGAUCUUUAACGUAAGCCCCCUCCUCUCCCUCCCCAAGAAUGAGUAAUGUAGUUGUGUAUGUAAACAGUGAACAUUUUGAAGUAACUGUCACUUUUUCACAUUUUGACACAGUGUACCCACUUUCUACCCUCA